AUGCAUUUGCGACUCUUUGCCAUUGUGAUAUCCUUUCUGUGUGAGGUGAUCAGGAUGGGAUCUGGUGUCAUGCAGAAGCAAAGUGCUCACAGAGAGACAUCAGAGGACUGUCGGGGCUGUCUGGAGUGUUCCCGCGACAACGGCUGCGUGCGUUGCCCCGAGCGACUCUUCCUGUUCCUGCAGAGGGAGGGGAUGUCUCACCAUGGGACAUGUCUCCACGCCUGCCCCGCCGGACACUACGGACAGAGAGGGAAGGACAUCAACCGCUGCAUGAAGUGCCGCUCCGUGGACUGCGAGCACUGUUUCAGCCGCGACUUCUGCACCAAGUGUAAACCCGGCUUUCACCUGUACAAAGGCAAGUGUCUGACCAGCUGCCCAGAGGGAACCCUCCCCCACAACACAGACUGCCUGGAGGACUGUCUCUUGGCUCCGGCGGCAGAGUGGAGCGAGUGGAGCUCCUGCCUCCGCGACGGCGUCACCUGCGGCUUCAGGUGGGGCAAGCAGACCAGGACCCGGGGCGGCAGCAGGACGCCUGAGGAGAAGGCGGCGUUGCUUUGCCCGUCCCACAGCGAGACGCAGAGGUGCAGGAUGAGGAAGAAGUGUCCCACAGAUAUAACAGCAGUCUCCUCACCUGUGGACACUUCUUCCUCAUCCUGCACCUCUGCGUCUCGCGUGUGGACGGGCAAAGCGACGCCGCCUUCUCCUCAGGCGUCCUGCUGCCGCCCGGGUCCUGGUCUGCUUGCCCCACCUGAAGCCGCAGAUGAUGAGGAAGGACGUGGGUCUCAUCUCCCGUCCCUCCCUCACCAAUGGCAGCAGACCGUCGUGGAAGCGAGCAGGAGGCUGUUUGAGAGUCCUAAUCGCAGGUUCAGGUCCCAGGUCACGAGUCCAGAGGUGGAGAUGUGGCAGCCGCAGGUGGUUCUGCUGAAGAGGUGGUUUUUCGGUUAG